UUUGUCAAUAAAGUUUUGCAAAUAUCCUCUCUCGCGACAUUUCUACAGUAGCCAGUGUGUCCUUCACAAUUGUCCAAAAUGGGAUACUGGGAUCUGCAAGAGGGCAAGGACUGCAUUGAAAAAACAUGGAUAACUACCAAGCUGGGGACGGCUUUGGGACUAGUGGGUUCCGCUUAUCACAUUGUGGCCUUCCAGCCAGAUUCUGCAGUGGCUGCCCUCCAGAGAGCCACCAAUGGAACUGUUACCAUGGCUGCUCUGGGAGCAGUCUUUGGUAUCACGACAUGUCUGAGUGCUCAAGCCCGUGACGCCCCAGAGGACCCCUUUAAUUACUUCAUUGGAGGCUGCGCCUCCGGUGCGUUGCUUGGAGCCAAGACCCACAGUGUUGUGACCGGUACAUCAGCCUGUCUUGGUCUGGGGGCACUGGCUUUUUUCACCAAGGUUGGAAAGGUAGAGGGCUGGAAGCUUUCUACAGAACCGAAACUCUGAAAAGGAAUUGUCAGAAAUGUAAAUUGUAUAAUACUUAUUAAAUUUAAAUGUCUUAGGAAAUAUCAAAACAAA